CUCGGCGACGGCGGUGGCGGCAAUGGAGGAGAAUUCGUCCAGCAGCAGUAACUGCUACAAUGGGGGAUUAGGUCAACCCGUUUAUAGAUCCGAAUUAAACACGUACCCGACCACCUUUGUGCAGGCAAAUGUGGACACAUUCAAACAGGUUGUUCAAAUGCUUACCGGCUCGGUUAAUCCGGCGGCAUCCGGUGGCGGCGGUGGCGGUCAUAACAGAGGUCCGAUUAGAACAUUGCAGAAGAAACAGGGGUUCAAGUUAUAUGAAAGGAGGAACAAUAAUAAUGGAGUUGUAAUCAGCCCUAUUCUGCCUAAUCGGAAUCGGAAUUCUGGAACGGAGGAUUGGUUGAGGUACGCCGUGGAGAGAUUGUCUCCGAGCAUACUUGAUUUCCCGUCGUUGGCGCUGCUGAGUCCAGUGACGCCAUUGACAGUCAUGAGGAGGAGUUCGUCGGAGGAAGAAGAAGAGAAGGCGAUUGCUGAGAAAGGAUAUUAUUUGCAUCCUUCGCCACGGAUAAUCGACGACGACGAGCCUCGCCUUCUGCCGCUUUUUCCGGUCACAUCUCCGAGACUAUCAUCGGAAUAAUAAAAAA